AACCCGCGACAACAAAAGGCGCGGGCUGCGACGGUAGCUACGGCGCGGCGUUGUGAAGUGAAGGCGAAGAGUCCUACGCUGCGCUGCGCUAGCCGCGGGAGACUGGGGUUUCUCAAACCGCUGCAGUAUCUGAAGAGGGAUAGAAAGGCCCACCUUCCUUGGGGGUUUCAUUUUGUCACAGGCCUCCUUUUUCCAUUGCGGAUGUUGAAACUUCGGUGCAUUCUGAGUUCUGCGGGGGUCCGGAAGUCUGAAAGACCCCUCCCUUAGAGCAGGGUCCAGAUCUUAACGUAAAAUGGAUGUUUCUCACACUAGAUACUGAAUAUUAAGUAGAAAAUCUAUUUAGUAAAAUCUAAGCUGCCAUGGAAGAAAUAUCAGUAAAAGUUGCUGUAAGAAUUAGACCUCUGCUGUGCAAAGAAGUUCUUCAUAAUCAUCAAGCUUGUGUGAGAGUUAUUCCAAACACCCAACAAGUUAUCAUUGGGAGAGAUAGAGUCUUUACUUUUGAUUUUGUUUUUGGCAAAAAUUCCACUCAAGAUGAAGUUUAUAAUACCUGUAUAAAGCCACUAGUGUUAUCACUCAUUGAGGGCUAUAAUGCAACCGUUUUUGCCUAUGGACAGACUGGAUCUGGGAAGACAUACACCAUUGGAGGAGGCCAUGUUGCUUCAGUUAUGGAGGGUCAAAAAGGUAUCAUUCCUCGUGCUAUCCAAGAAAUAUUUCAAAACGUCUCUGAAAAUCUUAGCAUUGACUCUAAGAUAAAAGUGUCUUAUAUAGAAGUAUACAAAGAAGACCUAAGAGAUCUUCUAGAAUUGGAGACAUCUAUGAAGGAUCUUCACAUCCGAGAAGAUGAAAAGGGAAACACAGUGAUUGUUGGGGCCAAGGAAUGCCAGGUGGAGACUGCAGAUGAAGUGAUGAGUCUCCUGGAGAUGGGGAAUGCAGCCAGGCAUACAGAUACCACCCAAAUGAACGAGCAUUCCAGUAGGUCACAUGCGAUUUUCACAAUCAGCCUUCGUCAAGUGGCGAAAAAUAAAGAGGCAGCUGAAGAUGGAUCGUGGUAUUCCCAUCAGCAUAUUGUCUCAAAGUUCCACUUUGUGGAUUUGGCUGGAUCAGAAAGAGUAACCAAAACAGGGAAUACUGGUGAACGGUUCAAAGAAUCCAUUCAAAUCAACAGUGGCUUGCUGGCUUUAGGAAACGUAAUAAGCGCUCUUGGGGACCCACGCAGGAAGGGUUCACAUAUUCCAUACAGGGAUGCUAAAAUUACCCGGCUUCUGAAAGAUUCCCUGGGAGGCAGUGCCAAGACCGUCAUGAUCACCUGUGUCAGCCCAUCCUCCUCGGAUUUUGACGAGUCCUUAAAUUCUCUCAAAUAUGCCAACAGAGCACGCAAUAUCAGAAACAAACCCACCUUAAACUUCAGCCCCGAGUCAGACCGUAUGGGCGAAAUGGAAUUUGAGAUGAAGUUGCUUCGAGAAGCUUUGCAAAGCCAGCAGGCUAGUAGCAGCCAAACUAGCCAGAUCCAUCGGGAGGGGACUCCUGAUAAAAAUAGGAUCCAUUCUCUUGAGGAGCAAGUUGCUCAGCUACAAGGAGAAUGUUUGGGUUACCAAAAUUGUUUAGAGGAAGCCUUUACCUUCCUGGUGGACUUAAAAGAUUCUGUCAGACUAAACCAGAAUCAGCAACACAAACUGCAGGAGUGGCUUAACGUGACCCAGGAGGUCACUUCAUUCAGAGGACACCAAGGCAUUGGAAACCUGGAAGAAGGACCACAGCAUAUUACCGUUCUCCAGCUGAAGCGAGAGCUUAAGAAAUGCCAGUGUGCUCUUGCUGCUGAUGAAGUAGUAUUUAAUCAGAAGGACCUGGAAGUGAAGGAACUAAAGAAUCAAAUGCAAAUGAUGAUGCAGGAAAACAAAGGACAUGUUAUAUCUUUGAAAGAAGCGCAAAAAGUGAAUAAGUUGCAGAAUGAAAAAAUAAUAGAACAACAACUUCUUGUGGAUCAACUGAGUGAAGAACUAACAAAACUUAACCUGUCAAUGACUUCCUCAGUUAAGGAAACUUGUGGAGAUGGGCCAGAUGCCAGGAUACCUGAAAAGAGACCAUAUACUGUACCAUUUGAUACCCGUUUGGGGCGUUAUAUUUAUAUUCCAGGAAGAUCAGAUUCCAGGAAGGUCUACACAAGUCCUUCUGUAUACUCUCUGGAUCGACUAGUUGCCGGAUUUCGAACACGAAGUCAGAUGCUGCUGGGUCACUUAGAAGAGCAGGAUGAAGUCCUCCACUGCCAGUUUUCUGAUAGCAGUGACGAUGAGUCAGAAGGCCAAGAGAAAUCUGAAAUUAGACAUAAAGGUUGCUCGUGGAUUCAAAAGCCAGGCUCUGUUUGUUCUCUUGUUGAAUUGAAUGAUAUUCAGGAUCAAACACAAAAGUCAAGAUUGGAGAAUGAAGGUUUAAAGAUUGAAUGUCUCCAGGAGAGUCAAGAGUUGAAUUUGCAAAAAUUAAGGAAUUCAGAACUCAUACUUACUGAAGCUAAACGGAAAAUGAGGGAACUUACUAUCAACAUCAAGAUGAAGGAAGAUCUAAGUAAAGAAUUAAUUAAAACAGGUAAUGAUGUCAAGUCCGUAAGCAAACAGUAUUCUCUGAAAGUAACAAAACUUGAACAUGAAGCAGAACAGGCGAAAGUGGAAUUAACUGAAAUGCAAAAGCAGCUAGAGGAACUGGAAAACAAAGAUCUUUCUGACGUUGCUUUGAAGGUAAAAUUACAGAAGGAAUUUCGUAAAAAGAUGGAUGCUGCGAAGCUAAGAGUCCAGGUCUUACAGAAGAAGCAACAAAAUAGUAAGAAAUUGGCAUCACUGUCGAUCCAAAAUGAGAAACGUGCUAAUGAACUAGAGCAGAAUGUAGAUCACAUGAAACAUCAAAAGGUACAGCUGCAAAAAAGACUUCAAGAAGAAAAUGAGAAAAGGAAGCAACUGGAUGCAGAAAUUCAGCGGGGUCAACAAAAAAUCAAAGAACUACAGUUAAAAACAGAACAGGAAGAAGGUCUAAAACUGAAAGCUGAGGACCUUGAUGCAUUUAAGAUGAAGAGGAGAAAAGGUUCAUUUGGAAGUAUAGACCAACUCCAGAAAUUGGAUGAGCAAAAGAAAUGGUUAGACGAAGAAGUAGAGAAAGUUCUGAACCAACGCCAAGAAUUAGAGGAGAUGGAAGAAGACUUAAAGAAACGGGAGGCCAUAGUUUGUAAGAAGGAGGCCCUGUUACAGGAGAAGAGCCAUCUGGAAAAUAAGAAGUUACGAUCUAGUCAGGCUUUAAACACAGAUAGUUUGAAAAUAUCAACUCGCCUGAGCUUGUUGGACCAAGAGUUGUCUGAAAAGAAUGUGCAGCUUCAGAGCAGCACAGCUGAGGAGAAAAUAAAGAUUUCAGAACAAGUUCAAGCCCUCCAGAAAGAAAAGGAUCAGCUACAGAGACGAAGAAACAGCGUGGAUGAGAAACUUAAAAAUGGUAGUGUGUUAUCACCUGAAGAAGAACAUGUUCUUUUCCAACUUGAAGAAGGGAUUGAAGCUUUGGAAACUGCAAUUGAAUACAAGAACGAACGUAUCCAGAGUCGCCAGAACUCGCUCAGAGCUUCAUUUCAAAAUCUCUCUCAUAGUGAAGCAAAUGUCUUAGAAAAACUAAUCUGCCUGAGUCCUGUUGAGAUUAGAGCUAUUCUUUUCAGAUAUUUCAAUAAGGUGGUUAAUCUGCGAGAAGCUGAACGGAAACUACAGUUACAGAAUGAAGAAAUUAAAAUAAAAGUUCUGGAACAGGAUAAUGUGGUUCGUGAGUUGGAAUCUACACUGGAACAUCUGAAAUUGCAGUGUGACCGGAGACUGACCCUUCAGCAAAAGGAACACGAGCAAAAAAUGCAGCUUCUGUUACAUCAUUUCAAAGAGCAAGACGGGGAAGGCAUUGUGGAAACUUUAAAAAAUUAUGGAGAUAAAAUCCAGCAGCUGGAAAGAGAGUGUUAUUUCUAUAAGAAAACCAGCAGAGAUCUUAAGAAGAAACUUAAGGAAUUGGUAGGGGAAGCAAUUCGGCGACAACUAGUACCAUCAGAAAAUCAUGAUGCUGGAAAUGGAGUACAGAACCCAGAAGAAGCAGGCAUGGUUUCAGAAGAAUUAAAAUGGGCAUCCAGAACUGAAAGUAUAAAAUUAAGUGGAAGGGAAAGACAAUUAGACAGUUCCACAAGCUUAAGAACACAACCAAAUCCUCUGAAGUUCUGGGAAGAAGGCCCAGAAUUACCACCAAUUUAUAGCUCUUUAGCACCCACUAGUGGGCAUUUGUUAAGCAAUGAGGCCAAAACAGAAAGGGAUGACAAUCAGUUUACAAAAUCUCACAGUCGACCAACACCCCAAAUUCAGCCAGGAGGAAAUGUGGCACAGUUGCAUAGUGUCACGCCUGUAAAGUUGUGUCGCAAAGAGUUACGUCAGAUUUCUGCCUUGGAGCUGUCGUUACGAAGUUCCAGUCUUGGAGUUGGGGUUGGAUCUAUGACUGCUGAUUCCAUUGAAGUAGCUAGGAGAACGAGUGACUUAAAAACUUAGGCAUUUAAUAAGAAAACUUUUAAUUUACUAGGUGGGUAAGAUUCCUUUUUCUAAUCUGUUAGAAAUUAAAGCUUAAGCUCACUGGCUGUUCCCUCAGGAUAAAAGAAGAAGGGGAGGAAGUAAUCCCUAAUCCUUUUGUAUACCAUGGAUAUGUAUAUCCAUGUAUAUAUGUAUAUUUGAGGAGUUUUAAUUUGUAUUUCCAUAAUAACCAAACACAUGCUUUAUCAAGUAAUGGAACAUUUAAAUGUUUCCACUUCUAAAUUUGCUUAAAAUUUUUUCCAGGCAUAUUUGAAGAACAAAACUAAGAGUAGAAUAAUAAACUAAAAUAUCCAUCAAAUGUAUAUUAUUAUAAUAUAAAAGUAUAUUAUUAUAUUAUAAAAGUAUGUUAUAAUACAAUAAUUAUAAUAUAAAUUUAUAUUGUUAUUCUCAAAUACAAGUAUAUUUUGUUAUUUUUUAAAAAAACAGUUAAAUAUUGCUUAUACCAGAGAGAGAGUCACCUGCUGCAUAUGUUUUGGCUGAAACAGCUGAAAAUUUGUGCCAGAAUGCACUCUAUGGGCUAAGGCAACUGGCUAGGUUUAGGGAUUAAGAUUAAUUUAUGGUCCUCAGAGGCUGAGUGAUCAUUCUUGACUUUUAAAACAUGGUCUCUGCUCUUUUUUUCUGGAAUUGCUUUUAGAGUAUUAUAUUAUUGGUUUGCUAAUAUUAUGGAAUAUAGGUUUAUCAUCUCUCUCCUGCCCUAUCUAUUCAGCAUAUCUCUCAUUAUGCUACUAAAAUUGGGAGAAAUGAAUACAGUUCCGUGGAAUAGGGAAACAAGGAUAGAAUAACACUAAAGUAUUCUAACACAUCAAGGAAAAGGUAUCUGAUCAUAUGGAGUACACCUGUAAAGCUUGAAAUCUAGCCAGAGGAUCUUUAGCUAAUAAAUUGAUGGGCUUAAUCUGAGAUUAUUUUCCUCUACAACCUGGUUAGUCAGGCCUGUACACAGGCCGCCCAGAUUGCACGGGGGUUGUAAAUAUGUAAAUGAAAUUUUUUCUUCAAGAUAUUUUUGGUCUAAAUCUUAUUAUAUAAUGUAAACCUCAGUUUGGAAUUAAAAACUAAACAUUGCUUUGUCCAACAAAUUUUUCAUCGUAUUUUUCAAUCACAGAAAACAUUUCAUUAUAA